CAAAAGAUGGCUACUAUAAGCAUAAUAAAUAAGAGAUUUAUUUGUAUACAUUGAUAUUAGCAACAACUCUAAAAUAAUAAUGUUGAGACAACGUUAAUGUUAUUUCGCGACUUUAAUUUUAAACAAUAAGUUUAUACAUUUCUUUAAAACCUCUUAGUGUAGUGCAAUAAUAGUAAACAUCAAGCAGUGUUUGUGUAACCAUCUGGCCCUAUGCAUUCUGUCAAUGAAACACCUAAAAUAUGAUGGAUUUUGUUCAGUUUAUAUUUUAUCCAACAAGGACUAUCUCUUUUAAUUGAUUCCACCCACCUAAACGGAUGCCUUCUCUGGUGAAGCACUUUCAUUAUUAUCAGUAUAAGCUGGGGCACAUGGAACGAUCCCUAAAUGGAAAAAAGUUUCAAGUGGAACACUGGAUGCAACACCCCCUUGCUCAAAAAAAUAAUUUUCCUUAUCUUCGGACGGCUUUGUAUGAUUAUAAUGCCCAGGGUGGAGAUGAGUUAUCUUUGCUUAAGGGACAAAUUGUUGAAGUAUUGUCUGAAGAUGCAAAAAUAUCUGGAGAUGAAGGAUGGUGGACUGGGAAAAUUGGAGAUAAGGUUGGCAUAUUUCCAUCCAACUUUGUCGCUCAUCAAGAACCCUCUCAAGAUUUUUCGGAUCAUUACAAUAACAUUAUAGCAGACAUAGAUCCUGUGAAAAUAGAUUUUUCCGAAUUAGAACUUGAAGAAGUGAUAGGUAUUGGCGGAUUUGGUAAAGUGUAUCGUGGUAUCUGGAAAAACCGUGAAGUAGCUGUAAAAGCAGCUCGUCAAGAUGCAGAUGCGGACGCUACGGUUACACUCGAAAAUGUUAUCAAAGAAGCAAAACUCUUUUGUUUGUUGUGUCAUGAAAACAUUGUGUCGUUAGAAGGAGUUUGCCUACAAGAGCCAAACCUCUGUUUAGUAUUAGAAUACUGUAGAGGCGGCUCUUUAAAUCGUAUAUUGGCAGGUCGAAAAAUUAGGCCUGACGUGUUAGUGGAUUGGGCGGUACAAAUUGCUAGAGGUAUGGAUUACCUGCACUGUAGAGCUCCUAUAUCGCUUAUACAUCGUGAUUUAAAGAGCUCUAAUGUUCUGCUCAGCGAAACGAUGAAAAACGAUGAUAUUCUGUUUAAAACUUUAAAAAUAACUGACUUUGGUCUAGCUAGGGAAGUUUACAAAACAACCAGAAUGUCACAAGCUGGAACGUAUGCUUGGAUGGCACCAGAAGUUAUCAAACACUCAACAUUUUCAAAAGCAAGUGAUGUGUGGAGUUACGGAGUACUUCUGUGGGAGCUUCUAACUGGCGAAACACCUUACAAAGGUAUAGAUACGCUAGCUGUUGCGUACGGAGUUGCUGUAAAUAAGUUGACACUGCCUAUCCCCAGUACAUGUCCACAGCCUUGGAGAGAACUUAUGGAGAAAUGUUGGGAAGCGGAUCCUCACCGUAGACCAUCAUUUGAACAGAUUCUAGAUGAUUUAGACAAAAUUGUACAUUCCUCAUUCACACAAACACCACACGAAAGUUUCCACAUCAUGCAGGAUGACUGGCGGCAAGAAAUCGAAGAAGUUCUAUUAGAUCUUCGCAGAAAAGAAAAGGAGCUGCGCUGUAGAGAAGAAAAUUUAAAUAGGGCCCAAUUACAACAACGAAUGCAUGAGGAACAACUGAGGCAAAAAGAACAAGAAUUGCAUGCUAGAGAAAUCGAUUUGCUAGAACGGGAGCUAUUUUUUAUGAUAACUCAACAAACUCCUACGCCUAUAAAAAGGAAAGGAAAAUUUAAGCGUUCCCGAAUAAAGUUGCUGAAAAAGGAACCUGGUACAAAUAUAAGUUUCCCGUCAGACUUUAGGCAUACAAUUACGGUUCAGCAUACCGUAGAUAACAAAGGUAGUUUUAUAUCACCAAAUAGCCCACCUGGGUCUCCUGCAAUUAGUCGGUUAAGAGCGAUUGCAUUACCAGCUGAUGGAGUAAAAGGCAAAACCUGGGGCCCAAGUACAUGUCAUCAACGGGAAAGAGGUCAAAUUAUGUUACCAAGCCCAAAUGGAACUGCUUUAUGGUCGAAAAGCGCCCCAAAUUUAGAUAGAACUAGACCAAGUUUGACACUUAAUACUCCAAAUACAUCGAGGCCUUCACAUGACGUAGAUAGCUCAUCUGUUUCAGAUAGUUAUAAAACUAUAUCCGGCGGUUUGCAGUCGAUUAUUAGUAAAGUGUCAGCAUUUCCGUCACUGUCACGGCUAAGUACUACGCGUAACAAUAGUUUCCCCAUUAAUAAAAGUUCUCUAAUACCUAAAACAGGUUUAGGUAACAACAAACGAUUAAGUAGGUCUAUUGGGAACAUAUCUGAGACCCAUUAUGAUACAGUUUUUAGUUCCGAUAAUUUUGUUAUUGCUAGAGGCGUUAGCAGCGCCAGCGUGGUAUUUAAUGAUGGUUAUGUCAGCAUUGAAAAAGAUAGUGAUACCGAGCAUUUGCUUAAAAAGGACAAUAGUUCGAUUAUUUGACGAAAAGUUUCAAAUGCCCCUUACUUAAAAAUACAUACAUGUUGUGUUAUUUGAUUUAUUCGCAUAUAUAAUAUAUAAUAUAUAUAUAUAUAUAUAUAUAUAUAUAUAUAU